AAGGGGAAAUUCACAUCGUUUAAAGUUGUACAUAUUGGAAGGUGGAGGAGAAGAAGAGGUGGUAUCACCAACCAUGGCCUCAGCCGGUGAAUUUUGUGAGGGAGAUAUUGAUGGGAAAAUGUUUUUCUUAUACAAUUUCUUAUCUCAAACAGAGAGCUCAACUUCUUCUUCUUCUCCAUCUUCGGGCGAAUCAGCCAUUAAUUUAGGGGCCAUCGACCUCCCUAGUCAACCUCUUUUUCUCUGUCCUUCUUUACGUUUCAAAGUUGAAGAGUUAAAACGAGAGGAUAAAUUUUCGAAAAGCUUUAUCCCGUUCACUACUUCUCCUCACUUCCCUAGUCCAAGACGCACUAAUCAACAAGUCAAGUAUUUGCUUGGUUCUCAUAGCCCCGACGACGACAAUUGUAAGCUCCCUGUUGUCCCUCUCUUUUGGUGUAAUAAUAAAGAGUCUGACUAUAACCAGUUCAGUUGCGGAGCAUGCCAAAGUUCCAAUCUUGGCACAAACUAUUAUUUUUGUGUCACAUGUCAUAGAAUGUUCCACAAAGAAUGUGUGGAGUCUCCACUUGAGAUCAAUCACCCUUCGUAUCCUUUUCGACCUCUUCAACUUGUCAGUCCUCCAUACAUUAGCAUUGUUGACAUUGUGGCUUGUAGGACUUGCAAUUUACUCUAUAACUUAAGUUAUGAUAGUCCUACCUACAAGCUUACUUUGGAUCCGGUUUGUGCAAUGAAGUCAAUAACUUUCGUUAUAGACCACCCAAAACAACAUCUUCAUCCUCUCACCUUUUUCCCCAAACAAGCAUUUCUCCCGUGCAAUGUUUGUGGCCUGAUUAAAGAAUAUAUUCCCACCUAUGCUUGUCUUCGAUGUGUCUUCGUAGUCCAUCAAGAUUGCAUUUAUUUUCCACAUGUCAUAAAAAUAUCUCGUCACCACCACCGUAUCUCUUUUAUCUCUUCUCUUCCAUACGGAAAAUGGUUUUGUGGAGUCUGUCGUCGAGAGGUUGAUAAGAAUUAUGGUGCGUUUACUUGUAACAAGUGCAGUGAUUAUUUUGUCCAUACAAGAUGUGCAUUGCGUAGAGACUUGUGGGAUGGAGAGGAUCUCGAUGGAGUACCUGAAGAAGAUGAGAUCAUUGUCGAGCCAUUUGAGACGAUAGCUGAUGGAAGAAUAAUCCAUUUCUCUCAUAGUCAUUAUCUGAAGAUUAGUGAAGUUUAUGAAGAAGACAAGUGUUGUCAAGCUUGCGUCCUUCCAAUCUACGAGGGUAAUUAUUAUUCGUGUAUAGAUCAAUGUGAAUUUUUCCUCCAUGAAACAUGUGCGAAUUCUCCUCGCAAGAUACAUCAUCCGUUGCAUCCUCGACCACUAACGCUAAAGGUAGUCGCUAAUGAAAAUUAUGAGGGUUAUGGUCCCUUCAGAUGUGAUCUUUGUGGACGUGAAAGUUGUGGUUUCGUCUAUGAAAGUCUUGUAGCAGUAGGAGAGUGGAGUUACAAACUAGACCUACGGUGUGCCUCGGUUUCUGAACCAUUUGAAUAUCAAGGUCACGACCAUCCUUUAUUCCUAGCUUUAUCGCGAGAAGAAGAAUUAUCAACAAUGUGUCAAGUCUGCCAAGAAGUCACUUUUGAAAGAAAAGAGAAUCGAAAACUAAAUUGCAUCGAAUGCGAUUAUAUUAUAUGUUUUAGGUGUGCUACCUUACCAUUCAAGGCAAGGUAUAAGCAUGACAAACAUUUCCUCACAUUUUGGAAGGUGAAAGAGGCAAGUGAUCAUUCCGGCUGGUGCGAGGUAUGCGAAAGAAAAAUAGUAUAUUCAAGAAAAGGUGGGUUUUAUGCGUGCGAUGACUGCUGCACCACUAUCCAUGUUGAUUGUUUGCUUGGGGAGGACAUGUAUAUGAAACAUGGUGAAAGCAUAAAGAUUUCUGGGAAGCAGUUUCAAAUUCUUCGCAACAGUAUGACUCGGCCAUUUUGUCAUGAACGUUACGGUGAAGAACACCGUUGUCCACAAAAAGUAGUUUUUAAAUUAGAAAACAAGACAUUUUGUUCUUUACGUUGUUCAUAAUUUAUCCACCUAAAAAUCGCUCUGCCAUCUCUCGUAUGUGCUUCGACAUCGUCUUUUUCGGUUAUUUGCACUCUAGUCUUCUUUUUCCAUUGAAACACAUUGUAA